UAAAAAAGUGUAGGAGAAAGAGAGAAGAGAAUGACAAAGUUCUCUGUGGGGAUCGAAGAAGACGGAGAAGGGCCAAGCAACCGAGUCCCUAAGCGUCAGAGGGCGGAGCGUGUUCUUGAUAUCGAAGGCUUAGGUCAAGAAGGAUCCGAAGAAGACGAAGAAUCGGAAGGCGAGGAAGCAUCUGAAGGAGAAGAAGAAGCAUCCGAAGGAGCAGAAGAAUCUGAAAGAGAAGAAGAAUUGGAGGAAAGUGGAGCUGAUAAAGGACCAAUGAGUCCUCAGACUGCUCGAGAUGGAUCUAUUUCAGUUACGCUAACUGACCCUGAAGUUCUUGAUUGUUUCAUCUGUUACGAGGCCUUGAGUAUCCCUGUUUUUCAGUGUGAGAAUGGGCAUAUAGCUUGCUCUACUUGUUGUAUCAAAAUGAGGAAUAGAUGCCCAUCCUGUUCGACUCCGAUUGGCUAUAGUCGCUGCAGGGCGAUUGAGAAGGUUUUGGAAUCCGUCAAAGUGUCCUGCCAAAACUUGAAGUAUGGGUGCAAAGAAGCAUUCAGUUAUAGCUUGAAGCAGAAACAUGAAAAGGCAUGUCCUUUUGCUCCAUGUUCAUGUUCAUGUCCACUUUCCGGGUGCUGCUUUGAGGGUUCUUCAGAGGAUUUAAGUGUUCACUUUGGUAAUGUACACAGGUAUUCCGCAGAACGUUUCCUUUAUGAUCGUUCAUCACCCAUCACCGUAGGAGUUUCUGAAAAGUCACUUAUUCUUCGGGAGGAGAUGGACGGUUCUUUAUUCAUUCUCCACAACAAGGUUGAGACUUUGGGGAAUGUAGUCACUUUGAGCCGGAUUGGACCCUCAACAGAGAGAGGUUUCUUCUAUGAACUAAUUGUGAAAGAUCAGGCUGAUGUAAGUACUCUUAUAUUACAAUCCUUCACAAAGAGCAGUCCGAAACGGGUUGAUAGCCCAGAGUCAUUAGGGUUUCUUCUAGUUCCGAGUCAGUUCUCUAGUGCUUCUCGUCAGAUCAAGAUGGACCUCCGCGUGUGGUGUUCCGAUCGAUUUUCUUGCUCUCAAAGACCCAGUGGUGCGUAAUUCUUGUAAACCAUGGUGCAUAAACCAGUGAACUCCAGUUGUAGCAAUUGUUAUUCAUGUCCUGCAAGGUUUUUUUAAUUUAAAUCUAUCGUAUCAGGCUUUAAUAUACACCAGGGAAAGGGCACAGGAACAUUGUUUGCA